UUGGAUAUCAAUGGCUUAUUAAAAUUUUUGUUUGGUUUUAUAAUUUGUUCAGCUUUAUGGUCACUAAAAUUUCACAUUCAAGGAAGAAGUCAGUACGUUCUUAAAAGAACACAGAAACACAGACUUUAUUUAGAGUAACAAUGCGCAUGACAACGAAUCAAACUACGCGUACACGUACAUAUGUAUGUGUGGGUAUAUGUGUUUAUGUACAUAUGUAUGUAUGUUAUUUAUUAAGUAGACGAUUUGCUUUAACUUAAGUAGUUAUAACUUUUUAAUAAAUCAAAUACAAGAAAAUGGAGUAAUAUUUGUUCCGAGUGAUUGAAAAACUGAGCCUUUUAAAAGCAUGUUGAUAAAGGAGUUGAUUCGAUUUUCGACGCAACAUCGUACGUUGCACUGUUAUUUGGUACUCAGUAUAUGGAUUUUUCUUUUAAUCGCCGGAAUGUACAAAUAUAUUGGUCAUAACGGAAAUUCUCUUAGUAAUACAAUUCAAUUUCUUAAUGGACAAUUGCAUUCUCCAUCAGGAGAUGUCAGCGCACAAUAUACGGAUGAAAUUUAUCCUCAAAGGCUAGACAAAAGCAUUUUGAAAUAUAGCCAAUUUAAGGAGCGUUGUGCACCUUUAGAACAUUUAGUGCGUCGCGAUGAAGGUGGCAUAUUAGACGGUUGGAAAUUGCAAGGUGUACUAAUGGUCAUAAGGCACGGUGACCGUGGUCCCAUGUCGCAUAUGCGAGGAGUUAUGGGUAUCGAUUGCAGUGCAGAAAACAACGGCUUAGUCAAUCGCUAUCGCAGUUUUCUAUAUAAUUCCACAUCGUCUGCGAGCUCUAAUCACAUGUAUUGGAAUAAAAUUGGACCGUUUCAUGGAUUUCCUUUGUUGCCAGCAUCCGAUCGUGCAUGUCUUUUAGGCCAGUUGACAUUUAAGGGAGUCGCUCAAAUGUUACAUGUAGGUGAUAUUCUGCAUCAAAUUUACGCUCACGCAUUGGGAUUGCUGACUAAACCAACAUCAAAUAAACCCUCAAUGGGUGGAUCAUCGACUCCUAAUUCUCUGCUGAACUCUGAUGAAGUGGUAGUAUUUUCUACGCGCUAUAGGAGAACUUUUCAAUCGGCUCUCGCUAUUCUCUACAGUUUUUUGCCAAAUGAUAAGUGGUUAUCCUUAAAUAUUCGGGAGUCACAGAGCAUGGCGUUUUGUUUUACAGACUGUACCUGCCAUCAAGCGGAACUUUUAUUCAAGCGUCAGAAAAAUGAACAAAAAUUGAAUUUGACCCUUCAACCGGAAAUCAGUAAGGUUAUUCAAUGGGUAGGGGGGACUUUGCUUCAACAUACCCCAAAUGGGAUCAACAAUGUUCAAGAUGUGAUGGACGUUCUAAACAUGAUUUUAUGUCACGAUGCCCCAUUACCUUGCCGACAAAUAAUUUCAAAUAGCUCGCGUUUAUUUUCCACGACCCAACUGAGUGCAAUCGAUUUAAAUGAUGUCAUUAACAUCGACCAAGAUGAAAACGCUGCAGAUCCUCAUUUCGUACCGGAGAAUAUAUUUAACGAAGAUCUUGAUAGUGAAAAUUCGAUGGGAUGUGUCGAAGACACUCACGUCACAGCCCUUAUGGCGUAUGCAAACUGGCAAUCAACAUACGAAGUAGCGCAUAUAUAUUAUAGGCGAAUCGGCCUACUUCGAUCAUAUGGUAUGAUCCGACAUAUUGUUAGCUAUAUGCUACGAAUGAUCUCUGGCGAUCGAACUAAAUUUGUUCUGUACUCAGGCCACGAUUGGACUCUGCAAUAUUUAACUGCUGCUUUGGGAAUAAAAACUGGAAACACAUUUAUACCUUAUGCAACUCGAUUAGCUAUUGAAUUAUACAAAAGCGAAACACAUACAGACUAUUAUUUUCGGAUAGUCUACAAUGGUCGGGAUGUCACACAACAAAUCGAGUUUUGUGAAGGUGGUAAAAGCUUAAGAGUCACACGUGAUAGUCGUGGGAAUAAGGCGGAUCUUUGUCCAAUCGAGAAUAUUAUUCGAUUUCUUCAUGAAGACUACUUUUCGUCUUUGAACGCAACUAAUUUUAAAGAUGCUUGCACCGCAACGGUAUCACACAAAGAUAUUGAUUUCUGAUAAGUGAAACACAAACCUACUCGUCAUGCAUAGGCUCAUUUACACGAUUCUAACAAAUGGUAAACCAAACAUAUCAAUUGCAUAAUUAUGCACACAAAUAUUAUAUACUUGUAUAUACGAUAUUUGCAUCUACACAUGUAUGUAUGUACAUACAUGAAAAUUCAUAUUUAGCUUUAAGUUAGUACAAGUAUAUUAUACAUAUACAUUAUAAAAAGCGAUCCAUACUAUUGAUAUGUAUAUACAUACAUACAUCUAAAGUAUAGUAGUCAAGGAAAAUUUUAGUUUAUACUAGAAACUCCUGCCUGAAACCGACAGAAAAACAUCAGACUUUUGAAAAUUCAGGAACGAUUUUUUUCUUUUUAUUAAACCAAUGAUUUAGCUCUAUGUACCAACUUGGAAUUAUUUUGGAAUUGGUAUGAACUGGUUAGAUUUCGGCUUAGUGGGUAUCGUUUAUCACUCAUUCGCCUAAAAUACCAACCUACCCAUAUUAUAUAAAAAUUACGUGUCAUGUUUUCUCCGGGGCUAACUCCUAAACUAGUUAACCGAUUUUAAUAAAAUUUAGUACACUGCGUCUGGUUUGAUCCAACUUAAAAGAUAGGAUAGUUUAUAUAUUUAUUGUGUUAACAUUAAAACAAUUCAUGAAAAAAUAAAAAUAUAUAUUUUUAAACAGCA